AUGAAUCAGAUGCCAGAUAUACCAGUCCAGGUGCCCAUAGAUAACCCUAAUGCUGACACAGAGUGGAACGAUAUACUACGUAAACAUGGCAUUAUCCCCGGAAAGCCAAAAGAUCCAGAGCCAGUCAUACAAGAAGCUCUCCUGGAAGCUCAUCAAAGAGCGCACGAAAACCGACUAGAGGACAAAGAUCUCGACGAGUUGGCAGCACUUGAAGAUGACGAGGACGAGGCAUUUCUUGAACAGUAUCGUCAGAAGCGUAUGGCUGAAAUCAACGCCCUCGCCAAAGCAAGCAAGUUCGGAAGUGUCUAUCCAUUGCAGAAGGUCGACUUUACCAGAGAAGUGACGGAAGCUUCACAACAAGCCUAUGUGUUUGUGUUCUUGUCAAGCUCUACGGACAGUAAUGUCGAGUCAAGAGUACUCGGCGAACUGUGGAGAGAGGUGGCACAGAAAUAUGGGGAUGUGAAGUUCUGCCAGAUACGUGCGGACAUGUGUAUUGAAGGAUAUCCCGAAAGAAAUUGCCCCACAAUUCUGGUGUACAAGGAUGGAGAUAUUAGGCGCCAAAUUGUGACACUAAGAGAAUUACAGGGGGUCAGAACGAAAUCCGAAGACUUGGAGAGAGUGCUUGUACAGGUUGGUGCGGUAAGAGAGGGAGACACGAGGCUGAAGAAGCGUGACGAAGAUGAGGAAGAGACACAAGGCAGACAUAACGGUCUAGGUCGGACGAAGCAAGCGACCAAUGCUGAUGAUGACGACGAAUGGGAUUAG